CUUUCCCGCCCUUUUACGCCUCCUGUUCCACAUUCUCUUUUGUCUCCUCCUUUUCCCUCCGCAGAGCCGGACUGGGCGUCGCUGACUUUAGGUGUGUUUGUUUGCCAGGCCUGCUCACUCCUGCAUCGGAGCAUUCCCCACAUCAGCCGGGUCAAGUCCAUCCAGGAAACAUGGGACGCAAGUGAUGUGGAGCUGGUGGCUGCUCUCGGAAACACAGCAGCCAAGGCCAAAUAUGAGCAGAAGGUCCCCGCUUUCUACUACAGACCAACACACACAGACUGCAAGCUGCUGAGAGAGCAGUGGAUCAGAGCCAAGUACGAGAGAAAUGAGUUUGAGUUUAUCGAGAAACAGGAGCCUUACUCUUCAGGGUACAGAGAGGGGUUUCUAUGGAAACGAGGAAGAGACAACGGUCAGUUUCUCAGCAGAAAGUUCAUCUUGUCUGAGAGAGAGGGAGCACUAAAAUACUUCAACAAGCAGGAUGCAAGGGAUCCUAAAGCAGUGAUGAAAAUUGAGACCCUCAAUGCCACUUUCCAACCAGCCAAGAUCGGCAACCCCUGUGGUCUGCAAAUCACCUACCUGAAAGAUAACAGCACAAGGAACAUCUUCGUCUACCACAGCGAUGCUAAGGAAAUGGUGGACUGGUUCAAUUCUAUCAGAGCAGCCAGGUUCCACUACCUACAGGUAGCCUUCCCUGGAGCGAGUGAUGAGGAGCUGGUGCCCAAACUGACCCGGAACUUCAUGAGGGAAGGCUUCAUGGAGAAAACAGGUCCAAAGGUUUGUGCUGUAUUUAUAUCAUUCACUCCUUUAAAAAAAAAAGAAAAUACUGUAUGGAGGUCAAGCAUUAAAGGUCAUAUAUUAUCCUACUUUUUAACAAGUUUAAAUAAGUCUCAAAGCUCCCCAAAACAUAUCUGUGAAG